AUGACGGUGAAAUGUCUUUUAACAAGGGCCAAAAAAUCACUCCUGUUUUGCGAAAAAUGGAGUAAUUUGAUUGUUGCUCGGAAUAAAAAAGUUAAAUAUUUUAUUGACCGACCAAAUUAUUCGCCUGAUUCUGUUACUCAACAAUCAAAUAAACCAAUUGAUGUAACAUUUUUGAGCAAAUGGUUUCCAAAUUUAAAAAUUUUCGACUUUUCAUACCCAUUUUUUGAAAACGUACCAAAGGAAGAUAUCGCUAAACUAAUCAGAGACACAUUGAAGGAACCGAUUGAAGAAUCAUGGAUAAACAAAUUGUUUCCAUAUUCUGUGCUUGACAAAUUUGUGGAUGAUAAUGAGUAUCUUCAAUCAGAUGAGCCAGAUGAUAUAACAUCUUUGGUAGAAUGGUUUUCAAAUUUAAGGAUUGCCAACCUUUCAUACCCAUCUCAUGUAAAACCAGCAAUCGAAGAUAUUGACAAACUAAUCAGAAACUCAGAAUCUUUGAAAGGAAUAAUCUGUGGUGAUUAUUUGAAUCUCAAAUUGAUGCCGCAAAAAGCUAACCUCGAAAUGCUAUCUACCAGAAUUAUUGAUUCGUACAAAAUUGAAAUCAAUGAAACUGUGAAACAAUUGAACCUUUGGAACUCUACUCUCGAUGAAUUCAAAGAAGUGGCCCAUUGUUUUCCAAAUCUUGAAAGGCUGAAAAUUUCUUGUUCUAAAAAGACAACAGAUUUUUACUCUGAUGGUCCAGUAAUGGCAAAUCUUAAAAUAGUUGAACUGGCUGGAUCUUCUCGUGAUAGGGAUUACCAUGAAUGCUGCAGUUCAUUUUUAUUCAUGGAUUCGUGCCCAGCAUUGCAGAGUGCUCAUAUCAAAAUUGAUUGCAGUCGCAUUGUCAUUAAUUAUUCAGUAAAAAACGCAAACUUACAAGAUUUGGUUAUUCAAAAUUAUAAACCAACCAAUUGGGAGGAACUACCCAUGUUAAUGUCGAAGUAUCCAAAUCUAAAGCAUUUGUCAUUACGAAAAAUGUGGUUAGGAAAGAAACACAUCGAGCAAUUAAUAUUAAUUCUGCCAAAACUUAUUCUACUUGAUAUUCGUCAAUCUCAUAAAGACACUAGAAAAACUAUGGAAAAUGUUCAGGAUUAUUGUAAACAGCAUGGUCGAUCAAUCAAGUUUUAUUUCAAAAAAGACGAUAAACAAAUUAAAUCUGAUUGGCCACAGUCAUUAAAUCGACGAGAAAAAAUUUGUCGUGGAUUCGAUUUCAUGGAACAUUGUUUUUUCAAAAGUUUUGAUAAAUUGCCUCAUUUUUUGGACCCAAUAGAUGAAUAGGAAUGCAAAGCAUAACAUGAUUCGAUCUUUUCUACUUAAUUUUUGUUUCAGCUGUGAGGUUGACGAUAUUGGAAAAUUGUUCAGUCAUUCACAUGGCUA